AUGCAUCCUGAAAAUUUGGGGGCUGAAGAUUGUGAAGUUGGUGCUAUCUUCAAAGCUUCUGUUGACAAAGAAACACAAACCAAAAAAGCUAACGCCGUUAAGGACUCUAAAUGCUCAGUGAAAUCAUACAAAUUACCGCUACCAAGAGAACUAGACAAAAAGGAGGAAGGAACAUUAAAAGUAUUUUCAUUUUGUCAAAUUAUACAGGAUCCUGAAUGCCCAACAUCAGUUGCGAUUGUCAAAGAAUCUCUAAUUGAAGAAGCCCACCCACACAGCGACAACCCGAAUGAUGAUGCUUGCUCAAAUAAAUACAGGUAUUGCAAAGAAGUAAUAAAACCAUUCUUACAAGAUUACCCACCGGAUUGUCCGGAUUCCGAAAAGUUACUUAUCAGCGAUGCAAUAAAGGCUGCUAAAAAAGAGUUUCCUGAUAACCCACCUUGCUACGAAGUGCCUCUAACUGACAAAAAAGAUAAGUGUCCUACAGCACAAUCUACAACAGAAAGUCAACAAUCAAAAAACUCGUGCAAAUCUUAUUCUGUUAAAGAAAUAGCUUCUGUCGAAUCUAAGAAUAUCAACGACUGUCCAAAGAAAGGCUCUGGAUGUUGCAUUUGUCCAAAAAAAGAAAAGAAGCAAACCAAAACAUCAAAAUCAAACGAUUCGUGUCCCAAAACAAAUUAUAAGCUUUGUCCAGGCCAAACAGAACCAAAAAUUUGCAUCGAAAUAACAGAUCCUAGCCUAUGUCCAGGUUGUCCUAAGCCACGCUGUGGGAAAAAAACUCCCGAUAAGUGUUGUUGUGAAUGCCUAAUAGGUAAACAAGAUCUCGAUUUUCCUCUUAUAAGUUCAAAAAAGUCUAGUAGUCCAGGCUGGCCAUCAGGGAUAGAAUCAAAUACACAAUCAUCUAAAAGUAAUAGUUGUAUCUCAACAUUAUUGGAUUCUUUAAAAACUUUAUCGGAAAGUUGUUUGAAAAGGGGUGACUCAAAAACAGAAAUUCCACCUUGUUGUUGUGAGAAACCUCCUUGUCCACCUCCACCUCCUUGUCCACCUCCACCUCCUCCGUCGUGUUACUGUGAACCUUCUCCUAAGCCUAAGAAGUGCCCUCCCAAACCGUGCCCUCCGAAGCCGUGUUCCCCUAAGCCGUGCCCUGCGAAGCAGUGUCCUCCCAAACCGUGCCCUCCUAAGCCUUGCCCUCCAAAGCCGUGUUCCCCUAAGCCGUGCCCUGCAAAGCAGUGUCCUCCUAAACCGUGCCCUAAGCCGUGUCCUCCAAAGCCGUGUCCUGCAAAGCAGUGUCCUCCCAAACCUUGUCCACCCGAGCCGUGCCCACCAAAGCCCUGCCCUGCAAAGCAGUGUCCUCCAAAACCUUGUCCACCCGAACCGUGCCCACCACGGCCGUGUCCUGCAAAGCAGUGCCCCCCCAAACCGUGCCCACCUGAGCCCUGCUGCCCCCUUAGAUCCUGUCCGCCUACACCGUGUUCUACUAUAUUAAACGCAAUGGAAGACAGGCCAUCUGAGAACCCGCCACAACAAUACAAAUCAAAUCCUUCCGGAACUCCCACUGAUAAUCUUGCUAAACAAUCGAUUUCUGACAAAAAAGUAUACAAAAACAGUUCUAAAGGCGAAGUAAAAAGUAGAACCUCUUCAAAUGGUGUUCUUAAAAAGAAUAACGACUCAAGUUCUAGUUUCACAUACACUAAUCCUAAAGCCCCUUGCAAUGUUGAUGAAAUAAAAAGUCAACUAGUACAAGUACAAAAUACAAAUGAUUCACCACAUGUGACCAAUACCGGUGGUUGCUGCCCCUGUGAAGAAGAGAAACAAUCACGUAGACAAUCCUUUAGAAAAACAGCUAGUAAGCAAUCUGUUACGAAAUUAAAUGUUGUACACAGUAAAUCAUCAUUGGAUGCGCAUUGUGAAACAAUUGCAACUCUCAAAUGUGCAAUGCAAGACUUUAUGUGCAAAGUUUUUAGAACUACACAAGAUGCUGUUUCAAUUAUCUCGAAAGAAAGUGUAAAACAGUUUGAAAAGCUGAAGAAAUCGGCUUCUGAUGCAAUCGCAGAGUGUCCACCACCAAAGAAAGUAAGCGAUGAACCUAAUAAUGCACCUAGUUUUAAAAAUCUAAGGCGAUUCAGCGUCAUAAACAUAGACGGAAUUCCGGAAAAUAGAAACUUGCCACCAUGCCAACCACCUGAGCCUUUCCCAAACACCGCAAGUGGAUAUUUCGGAGCUGCAAUGGAGAAAGUGAAUUCUGCCGCAUCAAUUAUUAGCAGGUCUCUUAUUUUUGAGCUACCAACUCAAAUGAAACGAUCGUUUAACGAUGAUAGUUCGGAAUAUGAUAUUCCUCAACCAUCUAAACCAAGAGAUAUUGAAAAUGCAAUAAAAUCUUCCGAAAUUAAUGUAUUGACAACAAUCAAGGACAAAAUCUGGUCUAUAUUUACAGACGAUGAACAAAGGCAAGCCCAAUCACCAAUGUCCCGAUCUGGAUCGUCCGCCUCUGAUAGUGACGAGGAUCUUAUAAAUAAGAUUAUAGAUUAA